AUGAAGACAACCUUGGUGCUUUUUCUCAGCGCCUGCCUUUAUGCAGCUGCCACCAGGUCCCAGACUGGAGCAAAGAACGUUUCAGUGGACAAUGUCACCUUGUCCGACGGCAAAAUCGUAGUACAGCAGAUUUGUACCUCGGAUGCUGCUGCCAAUGAAAUCACUUCCCUAAAGAAAGAAGUUAAGCAGUUGAAAGAGGUACUGCUUCAACGAUUAGACGAGCUGUUAAGGCGACUUGGUAAGACAACAAUAACGUUCUUAAUAUUGAUGAUUUACCUCUCUCAAUCCGUGAUUUGUGACGUUGUUUUGGGAAACCUGUAGUCUUCUAUUGACUUCUACGCAGCCGUUUUUUGUGCAGUCAACGCUUAGGCAGGGCCAUAUAAGCAGGGGAAACCAAGACUGAAGAAAAAUUAGUUUAAUCGUCUCAACGCAGUUCCAGACUACAGGAUAGGAAAACGUCUUUAAUCUAGAGCUAGAUGAAUGUCUUUGAGAGGAAGAUAGUAUCUAAAGAUCAUUUCCUGUUAGUUACCUCUUUUGCAAAAUUCAUCGAUAAGAAUAAACAACGGACCAUUAUUAUGCAAUGAUUGGCUUUCCAGGAUGCUAAUUUGCUUUCACCUGAUUCACUAAAUAAUGUUCAACGUCAUUUUUUUUCAGACCGUCUAUUCGAAACGAAUUCAAGCUACUCGUCAAAGAACGUAAAUUUACCUUUACAAAGCAUGUUGCCAGUAAUGAAUACUACCAAAUACCCAUUAAGAAGAUCUACAUUCCUGCAUUCCACAGUUAAUACUGAGUAUUUAGAUGUUGCUUGUAUCGAAUUGUGACUUUCGAAUCUUUUACCUCUUUUCAAUAGGAUAAAUUUUUAACUGAAAAUAUGUACAGUUGAACCUCUAUCAAUCAGCUACCCUCUAUAGCUAUUGAGCGGCCGAUAGUCCAAGUCCCGAAAAAUUUGUAGUAAGCCAGAAUGUGAAAUUUAAAAACCUUUGUCAAGCGGCCACCUCAAUUAAAGAAAGUUCUCUCAUUUUUGUUAAUUGGUCCAGAAAAGCAAAGCAAAAAUAACCCGCCCGACUAGCUGACAGGGAUCACUUUCCACUCAGCUUAAACUGACUAUUUUUUACGUUCUCUAAAAUUCCAUCACGUUUGACUACCCUGUGUACGUUUCUCCUUCGUAUUUCACGCCGAAUAUUCUGUCGCAACGGGGGAUCAAGAAAUGGGGAAUAUUUAAAAGUGUGAAUCUAGGCAGCUCUCUCUCGAUCGUGAUUCUGAAAAGCUGUAUUUUGAUUUAAUAACGAUCCUCUUUGGUAAUAUGAUCUAGAAAAGCAAAGCAAAAAUACUGACCCGCCCGACUAGCUGACAGGGAUCACUCGUCCACUCAGCUGAAACCGACUUUUUUUACGUUCUGUAAAAUUCCAUCACGUUUGACUACCCUGUGUACUUUUCAGUCCCUCAUAUUUGACACGGAUAUUCCGUCGGAAGGGAGGAUCAAGGAAUGGGAAAUAUAUAAAAGCGUGAAUCUUUCAAAUGGGGAAUCUUUAAAACGAGGAAUCUUUCAAAUGGGGAAAAACCUUUAAACUGGGAAUCUUUAAAAGAGGGAAACUUCUCCAUCUUACAUGAAUUCAGUAAAGUUAAAAGCGGCCUUUUGUAAAAAAAUAUUUGAGAACCAGAUAAAGUGAAUAAAUCAAAUAAAUUGUGGUAAUUUUAAAUAAACUCCCUUUUAUCGCAGGCAAAGAUGAAUCCACAUCAGGCCAGGGGGACUUGUUUAAUGGUAGGUUGAUCCACUGUAGGUUAAGGACUUAAUCUAAGAACUAUUGACUAGGGGUUCCAUAGUGGAUGUGAAGUGCUAGGAGCAUUACGUGACGAGACAAAAUAGAGACUGUGAUGUAUAAAAUACAAAAUGGACGAUUUUGAAGUUGAGUCAUGUUGUAUUUUAAGCUUAUUAUUAACUUCAGCUUUAUCUUGAUGUGUGACUAUAAUUCGGUACCUGCUUAUUCUCAGAAUUAGUUUCAAAAAAAAACAAACACAGAGCAUAAUGCAAGCAAUGAAUCCCCAAAGAUUUCAAUCAAUAUAAACAACAAGCAUUAAUAUAUCUCACUAAUAUAUUAUCCCUAUGUAAAAAAAAACCGCUGUGUAAUGAAAGGUUGUAUAUAAAAUGCAUACUCCAAAAUCAGUUUGGAUUGUUAUUGACAUUUACAAAAACAAAGCCAUAUUUAAAAAAAAAAACUUCCAGAAAGCAUCUUCGAUUUAGUGAAUUGUCACUGAAUUAUACAUAUUCGUUUCUGUUGUAUUCAUUCUUUUUCUUCAUGACAUCAAUACAAAUAAGUAUUUUAAAUGAAAAGGAAAACCUCAAUUCAGUUUGCUUACCUCGGUAAGCAAAUCGUUUGUUUCCUUUGCCUCUUUGCUGGGGCAAAUUAUGACCUCAAUAGUAAUUCAGUUUGUUGGCCUCGUUGCUCCAUUCACCUCGUUAGAAAAAGUAGUGAACUACAACAGGAAAGUUAUCUGCUAAAAAUGAUUCUGCAACUAAUUGUCUCCUCGUGCGAAAUUGUCUCAUCGAUUGUGUUCGUGAUCCACUACAAUCCACAGCUAAUAACUGGUCAGUUGGGCUCAUGAAAAGAAAGUGCUGCGAAACACAUGAAAGAACAUUGUCUUCCCCUCGAAUCCUCACUUAAACGUUCGCUACCUUUCCAAAAUACUUAACUUUACAACUGACAUGACAAGCAAAUGAGUGACUUAAGCUUACAUGCUGCGUUACAGAAAAUAUUAAACUGUCCCUCAUAGGUCCCCAUACACAACAGUCACGAACGUCUAAUCAAGAGGUCGCAGAUUCAAGAGUGCUAAGAAAUUCUUUAACAAGUUUAUUGCCAUUUCCUUUUAAAGUGUGUUCAGAAAGAAAUAUAGAUUUUCACUUUCUUAGCGCUCACAAAAUUCUCAGAUAAAAAAUUUUGGCCGCCAUUUUACUUUCCUGGAUUGGGUGCUACGCGGAGGGGACUGGGAACUGGCAAAACAGCGAAACAAACUUCCAAACUUCCCAACAAAUCGAGUUCUUAGACGCUUUCAAGACAAAAAUAGGUAGCUCCCUUGUGCGGGCUGCAAUAUCCUUAACCGACCUACUGCCGGACCUCAUUAAACAGAUAUCCGAUUCUCAUAACGAUUCACUGCAUAAUUUCAUCGAUCGUAAAGCAUUUUACGAGGGUCUGAAUGGGAUUUAAUGUUUAGUGUUAUUUGCCCUUAAUUUUUAGUGUUUACUGUUAAAUCGGUCAAUUGUUUUAAUGUUUACUGCUUCCGAAGAAAAUACUUUUCGUAAUAGUGUUUGGAUGGUUCUUCGGACAUUUUCGGCAAUGGUCGGACCUCUUCGUUAGUCUUCGCAAAUCUUUGACACUCUUCGGGAAUCGUCGGUAGCCUUCGGAAAUCUUCUGAAAUAAUCCGGAAUUGUCGUAAAAUGGCCAAAAACUCCUUGAUAUACUGAAAAAAAUGAUAUUGGUCUUUUUGGAGCCGUUUUUGCUUUUUUCUGAAAAAAAUUUACUGUUUCAAAGAAUUUGUUGCUGUUAGUGUUAAAAUACCUAAAAUUUAACUGUUUCGUGUUACAAAACCAAAAAAUGAAGUGUUUAGUGUUAUCGAGGUACCGUAAAAUUUCGAAAAUAAGCCCCUCCAUGUAUAAGCCCCUCCAAAUAUAAGCCCCCCUAACCGGUGACGCAAAAAACCCUCCGUUAAAUCGUCCCUCCAAAUAUAAGCUCCCCGGAGGCUUGUACUUGAAAAAUUGGCCUCAAAUACAAAGUAAAACAAAACCAAAACGGUACAUUUACUUCCAACUAUAAUGCUAGCCCAAUCGAUUUUGAAACGCAAAUAUCCCUCCGUAGUUAAGCCCCUCCGUAUAUAAGCCCCUCCAAAAAUAAGCCCCUCAAAAAGGGCCUUUGAAAAAUACAAGCCCCGGGGCUUAUUUUCGGAAUUUUACGGUAUACCCCAAUUCAGACCCUCUUUUACGAGUAGACGAAUUAACUCUUAGUAUUUACUCUCACAAACUAGUCAUUGUUACAUGAUUUACAUGAAUUACUACUAAAGAACACACUCCUUAUACGUACUUAUAAGAGCCCAGAAGUAACUGAUCAGAAGUGACUUAGGCCUAGGCCAACGUCGAACUUUUCAUAAGACGAACCAAACUUAGUGAGUUAAGUUCAUCAAAAGUUCGACGUCUGAUUCAGUUACGUUCGUCUCGAACGGGUUUGGAUCGUCCAACACGUUCUAUCCGCCUGCUUCAGACGGAUAGAAUUAACGUCUGAAGACAGGGGCACCCAACGACCGAAUGUUUCCAAAUACGCCAGACAUGUCUCAGAUGGUUUGCUCUAUGCUUUAGCUAUGCUUUAGAAGACUGUUUGGUUAAUUUUGGAGUUGCCCCAAAAACUUUUUAUCUGUUCGGAUGUCUUAAGGGAACUUUGGUCGUCACAAAAGUUUUACGUGGCUUUUUUGUCUCAUUCGAAAGUGUUCGCUACCCUUAUGAGUCUGGUCGAAAGUUUGAAGACAUGAAGUAGCCUUGCUUUCAUUAGAAAAUUAUAGGGAACGUUUUGUUUUUAUACCGAAAGUUUUAGGAGACCUCUUUAAAAUAAUAGUCGCAAUAUCUUGGUAUUAAAAUGUGAAUAACACAACCUCCGAAAAUCGUAGUUAAGCUAUCAGAAAACCUCCGAAUAUUUGAGACGAAUGGAAUGGUUAUCUAGAAAUCUUUAGCUCUUCUCAAGCUUUAGAAAUUUCUAGGCAACAUUUGCUCCUUCGAACAGUUAUUUUACUGCAAAAGUCGCUGGGUGCCCUUGUGAAGAUCGUCUCGGGGACAAAUGUCGAUCUCAACAUGCGACGAACUGAACUAAUACAUUGAAAAUUUGUAUGAUAAUGUUUAUUUAACCUCGUCUGGGAGAAAGUUUAUUGCCAGUCUGAUUCAGAUGAUUAGUUCGAAACGUCUUACGCUCGACGUCUGACCCAACAUACGAUCUUAACUUAAUUUAGGUUGACCCAAAUUAGAGUUUGGUUCGUCUCAUGAAAAGUUCGACGUUUGGCCUGGGCUUCAGUCUUUUAAAAUUGUUUGUAAUUUUUCAGUGUUAUUCUACGAUGAGGUGUGGUUUCUUAACAUGCCUAUUUCUCUCUGAUCUUUGACUUGCUACAUAGUUUAAGAGACAUCAGUAACCCCUUUCUAAUAUUUCAUUCCUUUUAUCUUUUUAAAUUUAUUUUAUACUCGCGUUUCUUUUUUUGGACGGUUUAAAGCCUUUAACCACCGUCUGUUGAAAUUGCGAGAUAAUUUCUUUUAGGUCCUCUUUCUUUCUGGCUCAACGGUACGGACAGUCAAGUCAGGUAAGAAAAUUAAUGAAAUAAUGAACCAAGCUGCGUAGUUUUUCCUUGUGUUUUCCUGACUACAAACACAAUAGCACCUCUUUGUGGGAUGGCAGUAUUUGGUGCUGCUUUCUAAAUAUCUGACAUAGUGGGUUAGGAACUACCUUUUUAUAGGAAAUUGAUCCGACGCAUCAUAAACAUUAUCGUUAAUUUAAGUCACAUUAAGUUAAGGUAAACGUUAAUUUCCGCGCCAUUAAUUUCAUUAUUUUGGCCCAAAAUUCUCGAUGCACUCAAGACAUUCUUAACACCCUAGGAAAGACGAGUAUUUUGUCAGGGUGGGGAUCCAACUGUGAAGAACCCUCCAAGUGGCCAGAUUUCGACCCCAUUCGUACGUUUAGGGAAAGUACCACAGAGAAAGUUUUCACUUCGGAUUAUACGUUUAUGCCAUUUUGCAGCUUAAGGGGAUCUGCAAGAUACGGGGAGCAAGAUGGAAGAACAGCUCUGUAUUUAGACGGAAGUAGUGGGGCGUUCGCGGAGACUCCGUCUUUUCCCAUUUAUCGCACAAGCCUGACAAUCGCCGUAUGGAUCAAAAUGAAGAGCUCGGGUGCACAAUAUGCAGUUUAUGGCGACUGGUCUUAUCCUUGGUCGUUUCGAUUGUUUAUUGACCCGAGCAGUCACUUUUGUGCCCAGGCGAGAAAUACAGCUGGAAAAGAUAUUUUUAGGUUUUGUACAAGGUAGGUAUCUUCACAUUUUCUUAGUAUUUUUACGAACGGUCGAUAUUCAUUCGUCCCAUGAAAGGAAAUCCAAACUAGUCUUGGAUUCUGGUUUCCACGUAGUGAAUUGUGGAUUCCAGGUACUGGAUCCCAGUCUUUGUCAGUGAAACUUGGAUUCUGGAUUUCAUUCGUUACUGGGAUUCCGGAUUCCUUGAACUUUACUCCAGAUUCCAGAGCCCAGGAUUCCAGAUUUCUCAAGCAAAAUUUUCCCGGAUUCCGAAUUCCCCAAAACAAAAAUUUCUCGCAUUUCGGAAUCCGGAUCCCUUACACUAUGGGGCGAAGUCAUCUCAUUCAUCUGGAUGAAUAGCUUAUAAACAAGUGUAACUUUUGAUCUGAAGUAAAUUGACGUCGACAAACCGUUGUUGAUUUUAAUUUAUUGGCUUCCCAUACUUAAUGAAUAUUUCAAACAAGUAUGGAUUUAAACGGCCAACGUAAACAACAGCACGUUAAAGACCUUGAAGUGUAGUUUCGAUAGAAGUGAUGUUUUGUUGAAAAGUUCGCCAUCUUGGAUACGCCAUUUUGAUUUAAUCAAAUCAGGUGACAAAUUCACUCACAGUCAAAUUAAUCGAGAUGGGAAAUGAGCUAAAAACGUUUAUGCCACUCAACAAUCCUCGCUUUACAUUGCAGAGAUGCUGUUGUAGUUAACAAGUGGACUCACGUGGCAAUGACUUGGGGACGUACACAAGGUACCGUGAGGCUUUUCAUGAACGGAGAGAUGAAUGUCAGUAGGAAAGUAACAAGGCGCUCGAAGGACUUCAUGAAUUCAGGCCAUUCAGUGUUCGACAUUGGCUUAAAGAGAGAUAGCAGAACCACAGCACAUGCCUACUUCAGUGACCUCAUGGUGUUUAGCCGCGAGCUGCGAUUUUCACCCAUUAAAAACGUGAAUGAGAUAAAAGAAUAUCUUGUUCUUAAACACCCACUGUCAAAAGACUCUGUGGGGACUGUGGGGGUGUGAUUUUAUUCUUGGGACUUUAAUCCCUUAUAAGCAUUUCACUGAAUUUAAUACGAGCAACAAUACUUGAUUCAAGAAAUAAUGGAUUAAUGAAUUAAACGUUUCUAUGGUUACUGCUCACGUGAGUCUCUAGUAGCCAAUUAAAAAAAUCACAAGAUAUCACAAUAGGCUCUAGAAAAUCAAUAUACUUUGCAGAAAUUGAA